UGUUUUCGGUAUUUAUCGUGCUUGCCAUGCAAAUGGCGGUUGUCGCGGUGUUUUGUGCGAUGUGUCUGCGCGAUUAACUACGCCACACCGUUAGCAACAGCGUUACGACGAGCGUGAACGUACGACAGAGCGAGCCGGUGCCGUGAUAACGGAUCACUCGUCAUCAUGGUGAAAUUGUUAAAACGAUUUUUCGCCGGUGACAAGGUGUUCGCCAAAGUUCGAGGUUACCCGCCAUGGCCAGCCAAGGUCGAAAAAGUCAAUGAUCCAAACUCCAAGAAUGCUAGAUAUAGCGUUUACUUUUAUGGUACAGGAGAAACAGCUGUUUGUAAAGUUGAGGAAUUGUACACCUAUGCCGAAAAUAAAGAAAAAUAUGGCAAACCUAACCGACGGAAGUUCUUUCAUGAAGGCAUACAGCAACUUGAACAAGAACUUAAAAAUGACAGAAACAAACCUUUAGCAGAUAUUGCUGCUAUUAAAGGUGCUGAAGCAACAGAAGUGCCAGCUGUCAGCGCUAUAGACAGUGACCUGGAAACUGGUUCCUUAGUAAUAGACGAAGGAGAAAAAAAGAAACCUUUGAAGAGGAAAGUUCUUACAGCUACUUCCAACACUCCGCAAGAUACUCCAGAAGUGAAGAAAAAACGUGGUAGAGGAAAAGCUGCGAAUGAUACAUCGAAACAAGAGGCUGCUUUGGAUUCACAAGGCGAGGAAUCGCCUAAAGAAGUGGUUAGCCGCAGUGGGCGUAAGAUUAAACCAAAACGCUUUGCAGACUUUUCAAGUUCAGAUGAAACCGAAACCAAUACAGAACAUUCUGGUCGAGGUCGUAAAGCGAAAAACGAAGAUUCUAAUGAGCAUCAAAUAACACCAGUGACGCAUAAAAAAAGAGCUGCUAUCGAAAAAAGAAAUAACGAAGGUUCGAUUCUUGAUGGAACCGUAGUAUCGAGUGGUACAUCUUCUGAUACACCAAGCCGAGUUCUCUUAGCUCGUACAUUUGCUGGGGAACAUGUAGGUAUUAAGCUGGAUAUAGACAGGCCAAAGUCUUUUGAAAGUGAAAAAGCUCGAGCGCAAUGGGAUUGGUCAACUGCUAGAAAUGCUAUGAAACUCAAAGCACAAUUAGAGGGCGGUGAAAUUUUGCCGGAACAAGUGAAGGAUUCUCUAGAUUUUAAUGUACCCGUCCCGGAAGAUGAAAAACGACUUUUGACAAAAGAUGGGGCCGUUCAUCGCAAAACAUAUAAACUGAGAUGGCUUCGUAUAGAGGCUCAACUUCUACAAUUAGAUGCUCAAAUAAAAUCUAAUCUUGGACUGGAUCGAGCCAAUACAGAUAAAUGUUUACAAGCGAUGGAUGAUAUCUUGGCUCUUCCAAUUGAUCCUUUAAUGCUGAAGAAACAUCCUCAUAUUGUUGAAACAGUAAAAAGGCUGCGACGAUAUAUUGGGAAUCUAGGAGAGUGGAAAUUAAGCGAAGAAGAAGGGACUAUUUUUAAACAAAAAGCGGAGCAGAUUAGACAAAAAGCUGAGCAUAUAUAUAACAAGUAUAAGGCUAUGUUUACUAUACCUGAGGGUCAGUCAUUUUGGCAAUCAUUUUCGGAUCAAGUGGUCCAUUUCAAAAAAUUGACGAAAGAUAUGCCUGAAGAGAAAGUAUUUUCAUUGAUGUCCGAUCCUGCUUGUUCAGAUACAGGUAUAUCAGAGGAUUUACCUGCAGAUGAUAGUGGUAAUCAACUGGAUACAGAUACAACGAUUGAAGCAGAUAUAACAGUAGAACAAGAGGCAGAACGUGAACAAAUACCGGAAGCGGCAACUGAGCUGGAACCAAAAGCAAAUAUAGAAACCGAACCAAUAGCACAAGCAGAGACAAAAGCAGAGUCAGAACCAAUUGCUGAAAGGGACGUAGAAGCAAAAGUGCCUACUAGAAGUGCGAGUCCUAAAGAUGAACCAGCCAAGUAACAUAUGUAAACUUUUUUAUCUGAUAAUGUAAACUUUUACUUAUUUUCUUGUACGUACGUUACGGAACUAAAAAAGGAGCAUUAUUAUAGUUGAAGUACAUCGAGCGCAUUCAUAAAACGAUAUUUUGGCUAAUAUAAUUUUUUUUCCAUGUUUAAAUGUGGCACAAAUUAUUGUUUAACGAUGUAUUCUUACAGAUUUACAAUAAUUUCGGAGAAUAUGAUAAACUUCGGUAAAAUGUAACUUAUUUGGCGAAACGUAACUAACAUGCUAUUCUUUAUUACACACAUCCCUUUAUUUAUUUUAAUCUUAUUAUUCUAAUCUUUACUCACAAGAUUAGAAUAUAUGCAAUGCUUGCGUAUGCAAUUAUGUAAUUAGUGUUAAUGAACUUUAACUAGAUAACUGAUCGUCGAUUUCCAUUAUAUAUCUAUGAGUUUCUUAAGUAUAUUUAUUUUUUUAAAUCCACAUUAUUUAACGAAAGUAUAAAACAGAAUAUAACUCCUACAUAUAUAAGUUAUGCAAAUAGCUGUUGUUACAAUAAUACUGGUAUUGUUACCGAGUGAAGAAAUAAGAAUCGUAAAAGUAUCUUAAGUUAAUUCUGUGAAUGCGAUCGAUAGCACUUUUGCGCACGUGGAAAAUAAUCUUUUGAUUGAGUUCUAUUAUAUUUUAUUUCAUGAAUUUGACCAAAUAUUUACAUUAUAUCGUCGCGAUACACUCACAUUAUUACUUGAUGCAAUAUCUGCAAUCACUAACUGGACAAUAUCAGGCAAACAUUCACUGUCAGUAUCGAAUAAAAAUGGCUGAUGUAGUGGAUAAAAUUAGAUGAGACACAGUAUCUUUACAUGACGGUAAAAUAAUACUGUUAUGUAUCGAAAUACUAUCUUUGUAUAUUCAGCCAGUGCCAUGGAAAAAAUUUGUAAAGAGCACAUAGACACUGUUAUUGUCACACAAAACUUACUUAUUUAGUUAUUAUAAUUGAUGUUAGCAAAAUAAAUACCAUAUUGCAUAAGAAUUAUAGCGCAAUGAACGAUACAGAUAUAAUUCUUAGUACUUGCAUCUCGUUUUUAACGCAAGUUUAAUUGUCUUUUGGUUUUUUUUUCAUUAGAAACAACAUUACUCAUACUCAUUGCAUUUUAAAGGUAAAAAUAAAAAUAUGUAUCAUUA